ACUAUGUACGUAGUUCUUUCACAUUAGUCUGAUCUGAACUCUCUGAUAAUGGAUCUAAUUAACUAUCGCUCGUUAUUUUAGAAGGCAAAACACUCAUGAAGCAGGCACUCUUUGGAUAUUUAUGAGCCUCAUAUUUCACUAACAGUGAUUUCAGGACUGUGUCAGGUUUUGGAUGGAUUCAGCACCUGAGGUAUUAUUUCCUUCUGUAGUCGCAUCCAGGGACCUCAAGGAUCUGAAUCCUGUACAAAAGCGGGAAGAAAAUGGUCAAGUAUUUUUGUAGUAACGCAGACAUCAGGAGUGCGUGGGACCAUGUUGUCGCUGCUUUCUGGCAGAGAUACCCUAACCCAUUCAGCACCCAUGUCCUCACAGAGGACGUUGUGUACCGGGAGGUGACCGCGGACCACCGGCUGCUCUCAAGACGCCUCCUGAUGAAGACCAAUCGGCUUCCUCGCUGGGCGGAGCGGAUCUUCCCCUCCGGCAUGUCUCGCUGUGUGUACAUCAUCGAGGACUCCAUCGUGGACCCCGUCAACAGGAAGCUGACCACCUACACCUGGAACCUCAACCAUACAACGCUCAUGUCGGUGGAGGAGCGUUGUAUUUUCCAAGACUCCGCGGAGCAGCCGGCCUCCACCCAGAUGAUACGUGAGGCGUGGAUAUCCUCAAACGUUUAUGGCGUCUCCAGACCUAUUCAGGAGUUCGGAUUGGCCCGAUUCAAGAGCAACCAGGUGAAGGCCAUGAAAGGGCUGGAGUACGCGCUCUCCAACAUACAGGGAGAGACGCCCCAGCGGCCUCUCAGGGACCCGGUGAAGGCCAAGGGGGGGGCCAAGAGCCUGGCUUCAGCUGCGUCGGUCCCACAGAAACCCCCGCAGUACGUCUGAGGGGCCGCAGUGUGGAGCGCUGUGCAGGUGACAUGAACUCAACACCGCGCCUUUUCAUCUCCUCCACCUCCUCCACUGGACUGAGGGGUUUUGGGACCUCGCUGAUCGGCGGUUCUUUUGUGUGUUCUUGAAGUAUGAAGCAGCUACCGUGACCUUUCUGUCUACGUUGCGUCUCAGGUCCCGAGCCUUCGUCUGAAACAUAUCGUCUCUGUGGGAAAUUGUUCGGAUUGUGAUCAGCAGCAGUUACGCUGUAACUACGUCAUGUUUGUAAAUGCACAUUUUCUUGUCUUGCCAUGUAUGUAAAUUAUCUAUUUUAAUUUAUUAAUCUUAUUUUCAUGUAAAACGAUAAAACUCUUCUUAAACAGUUGAACACUUUGGACUUCAAGUAAUAUAUUAUUGUUAUAGGUUCAUCCUAGGGCUGCUCAAUUAAUCGUAUUUUAAUCGCAAUCACGAUUAUGGCU